CUUAUUUACAAAACAUUUUUUAGAACUCUUCGGUCAUUUAGAGGACAUAAAAAACCAAAGUAUGAAAAAGACAGUGAUGUACAAUUACGAAAUCGUACAUAUGAUGGAUAUUCAACACUUAGUCGACAAACUGUUCCGGCUUAUCGACAAGCCCCCAUUGUAACUUCAACCCCUUUACUUCCUAGAUCUCGAUUUAGCGAAAGAGUGCGAAAAUCGGUCGAUAAUUCAUACGACUCCUCAAAAAACCCAUUUGAAAAUGGAGAUGAUGAGGAGGGUGUCAAUGAAAUUAAACCUGAAGAUUAUAGAAAGAGGGUUAAAAGGAGAAAACGUCGAGCCCCCUUACCACCUGGUGUGAAAGAUUCAAGUUGGAGUCUAACAUCAGUCGAAACUGAUAUAUCUUCUUAUCCACAUUCGGAAGUAAGCGAUUUAGAUGUUUCAGAAAUAGAAAAGCCAAUGACUGAGAUUUGUGAGAUGUUGCAAAGUUUUACCAAAGAAAUUGAGAAAAUGACUGACUCGUUUAAUGGCAAUGUCGAAAGCAAUCACAAAUCAGAAAAUCCUGAAAGCGAUGAAACUCACAUUCGAUCCAAAGAGGAGGGCAUUUCUGAUAACGAAAACAUCGUUUGUCCAAAAAUUGUAAUCACCUCCGCCGAAUGUAGUCCUACCAAAGACAAUAUUCUAAUUAUCAAAUCAGUUUCCUCCACAAUUCAGGAUGAAGAUUGUGGGAUCGACCAAAAAUCUCCAAAAGAAGGUUGUGAAAAAUUGGGAAACGUCGAAGAGAAUGUGGAAGAAAGUUCCCAUAAUAGAAUAGAACCUGAGACAUGUUGUGAUCAUAAGAUAAUUGAGGAAAAGCCACCUUUAUCAAGUUCUGACCAUGAAAUAAUUAAAGAAAAAUCACCAUCAUCAAAUCAUGAUGUCCAGGAGAUUAUUGAAGAAGAAAUAGUUGAAAAAGAAUCAACUCCAUUACGUAACGACCAGGAGAUAGCAAAAGACACCUUACCUUCACCAGAACGUGACCAUGAGACAAUUGAAGAAAAACCAUCUUUGUCUCAUUCUCAUCACGAAAUGAUUGAAGAAAAACUGUCUUCGUCAGAUUGUGACCAUAAGGUAAACGAAGAAGAAAAACGAUCUUCAUUAGGUUGUGACCAUGAGAAAAUCGAAGAAAAUUUAUCUUCAUUUAGUGGUAAUCAUGAGAAAAUUGAAGAAAGUCUACCUUCGUUAGAUUCUGUCCAUGAGAAAAUUGGAGAAAACCCAUCUCCAUUAGGGUGUGGUAAUGAGAAAAUUGAAGAAAAAUCAUCUUCAUCCGGUUGUAACUAUAAAACAGUAGCACAAGGAACAGAAGUAGAAGAAAGGAUACACAACUUAGACAAUAAAGAUUAUCUCAAUAACAAUGAUUCAGCAGGACUUGGUGUGAACCAUUUCAGUACAUACGCCCACGACAUGAAAUAUAUCGACGAAUCGUAUACUAUCCAUGAUAGAGUGAUGGACGAUUCGGAUAUUCGAGAUGAUAAUAGUCGAAAAGUAGACGAAACGAAUAAUAACCAAGGGUACAUUCCAAAUGGGUCGUAUAAAGAAAAUCAAUUUCCAGUACAAGAAAGCGAUUUUGCAAACGGCAACGGUACCAACACCAAUAAAAAUGUAAUCGAAGAAAAAGAAACUCAAGAGCAACCCCCCGUUCCCAAAGUCAGAAAGAAGAAAUUUACAAAGGCUAAACUUCUUGGUUUUUUCAGUGGAAAAUAGACGUACUACAAAGGUAUUGUACCCAAACUACCGUUGUAAAAAAGGUGCCAUUUUAAAUUAUUAUUUUUGGGGUUGCUUUCGUAACAUUGGGUAUUAUAGCGGGUACGGGAGGGGUUAGGCGAGAAGAAGGGGACAAAAAAAAUCUUAAGAUCCUUCCAUAAAUUUUUGCUAUCGCUAAUACAUAAUAAAGCCUCCCUCCGAUGGGGAGUUAUGGAUAUCUCACCUUAAACAUUUUUAUUUUUAAAUUAAAAUUAAUUUGGGGGAGGGCCUUUCUUAACCCCCUUUAACACCUUUCCUCUUCCGUACGCAGAAUAACAAUUAUGCAUUGCUCUGAUCCCCCCUGGGGGGGUAUGUGACCCUAUUUCUCCCCUUCGUUUCUCCCCCCCUUCCGUAUCCGCCAGGUUGCCAAAGGUUAUCAAAGCCACCCUUUUUGUUUUUGGGAAAGACUUGUUUACUUACGUUUGUUGUAAAUUAUUGUAAUAACGCUAUUUUUUGAGUAAAUAAAAUGUCACGUUAUGUAUAAUGGCAUUUUAUAAUCAUUAUGCAUAUAAAUUUAAAUUAAUUGAUUAUCAUAAAAGACACGUAUCCUAAAUAAUUAUUGUGAUAUUUUCUAGGGCCUAACUGUACUCGAUUUAUAUAUAUUUGUAGUAUUAUGUACUGUUAUCCAUAAUAAAAUUUUUGUUGGAAGUAGGUAUCA